GACAACUUGGGUCCAGAUAUGAAGGAGAAGCUGUCUGAUGCCCAAACAAACAGUCUAGUUCAGUUCUGCCGACACCAAAUACUGAACAAACUGGAAUUUGUCCUCCAGGAGAUCUUUGAUUGCAUUCUGCUGAGGAUUGCACAGCCACAAGCUCAUCGUGAUGAAGAUGCUAUUGACUUGAAAGAAACAAGUUUACGAGACAUAAUGUAUGGUGACAUAGGGAGUCCCCUAUAUGCUGUCGACCCUGUGGAAACGCUGGUUGUGGAUGAUGUUGAAAAGUUCCCAGAUGACAUCAAAGGCAAUCAAGCAACUUCAGCUUGGCUCACGCUUUAUAAAGAAAUAGAGGACAAGAAGAAACAAGCUCUAUAACAAUGGGAUAUAUAGAAUUUCCACGCUCCAGUGUAGAAUAUGAAUCAUGGGUUAUGAGUGUCCAUGUGAAAUACAAUAUAAUCAUUAAUACUUUUGUGUUGACAUAUUGCAAUGGAACUUUCCAGCCAAAGUACUGAAUAAUUCCUGAGAAUACACGUAAUACUUUUGAAAAUGAAGAUUUGGAGAAAAUAACAGGAAUCAAAAUGUAACAUAUCUGUAUUCUAAUUCAGUAAUACUGUUAACUAUUUUAAUAUUGAUGUAAUAUCAUGUACAAGUUGUGAUGUACCCUGACACAAACUGAUAAAAUACUGAGUACUGCAAUGUCAGUUAUAUUUAAUUGUGAUGUAACGUGGUGUAAUAUAGUGUGCUAUAUCAGUGAGACAAACUGAUAAAAUACUGUGUACUGUAAUGUGAAUUAUUUUUAAUAAUGAUGUAAUGUGUGAUACAUCACUGACAUACACUCGUGUAGUACCAAAUACUGCAGUGUGAAUUAUUUUAAUAAUGAUGUAUAGUAUGAUAUACAUGUAUCACUGACACAAACGAAUACAAUAUUGAGUACUGAAGUGUGAAUUAUUUUAAUAAUGAUGAAUAAUAUGAUAUACAUGUAUCACUGACACAAACGAAUACAAUAUUGAGUACUGCAGUGUGAAUUAGUUCAAUAAUGUAAUGUGUUGUAGUGUAGUAUGAUAUAUCACUAACACUAACUGAUACAAUACCGUGUACUAGAAUGUGAAUUAUUUUAAUAAUGAUGCAAUGUGGUGUGCUGUAGUGUGAUACAUCACUGACAUACACUCGUACAAUACCAAAUACUGAAGUGUGAAUUAUUUCAAUAAUAAUGUAUAGUAUGAUAUACAUGUAUCACUGACACAAACAAAUACAAUACUGAGUACUGAAGUGUGAAUUAUUUUAAUAAUGAUGUAUAAUAUGAUAUACAUGUAUUACUGACACAAACGAAUACAAUAUUGAGUACUGCAGUGUGAAUUAGUUCAAUAAUGUAACGUGGUGUAGUGUAGUAUGAUAUACCACUAACACUAAUACAAUACCGUGUAGUAGAAUGUGGAUUAUUUUAAUAAUGAUGUAAUGUGGUGUAAUAUAAUGUGAUAUAUCAUUGACACAAACUGAUACAAUAUUAAUAACUGUAAUAUGUGAAUUACUUUGAUAAUGGUGUAAUGUGGUGUACUAUAGUGUGAUAUAUCACUGACGCUAUACUGAGUAUGCAAUACUGAGUACAUGUAUUGCCAUGUGAAUUACUCUAAUAUCGAUAUAAUACUGUGUAGUGCAGUGUGAUAUGUACAAAUACACACUGAUAUAAUACCAGUGAUAUAGUAAUUGUAUCACACACUGAUGUACUGCUGAGUGGUACAUCAUAAUGAUAGUUUGACAGACUAUAUGGUAAUAUUGAUACAUUAAAUAUAUUAACUAUCAAAUUUGUUAACUUAAACUGUAAUAUUGAUUUUUUUGUUGUAUUUUUUUUUUUUUUUGUAACAGUGAUGUACAUGUAAUACUGUGUACACAAUAUAAUAUAUUGUAACAUAAAUUGAUACACUUCACAGUAAAGCAGUGUUAUUCAGAAAUAUGUGUAAUAUGGAGUAUACUGUAACAUGAAUGAACUGAUGCAGUACUGGGUUCACAAAAAGGUUUCAGUACUAAGUAAUAUAAUGUAGAAUCUUAUUGUAAGAUGUGCCACACAAACUGAGGUAACACCAAGUACUUGAAAUGAAGGUGUAGAAAUAAGUAAACAUGAUUAUAUACUAGCAGUUAUAUUAUUUGAAGUAACAUCACAUUUGGAAUUUAUGUAUUUGAGCAUGUUUCAAUAAAUGACAUAAAACGAAUAUAAAUACCAUCUUAAAACAUUUUGGAUUACUAUAAUAAUUUGCCUGUGACUAAAAUUGAUGAAAUAUAUUUUUGGAAUAUCAGAUCACUAACCACUAAGUUCUUGAAUAUUUAUUAUAACAUAAUUAAUUACAUGUUUGUUUGUUUAGAAAAUCUUCUAAAGUUUCAUUUUGACUUUUUGUGUGUGGAAUUUUCAGCCUACAUGUAGUUUUAAAAAUUGUAUUGUGUUUAUGUUUUUAUCAUCUAAGUACCAAGCUUAUACUAGAUGAAUUAAUUUGAUGUUGUUGUUUUCUUGUCGACUCGUAUGGAUCCUGUAAUUUGUCAUGAUUAUUUUGCAUAUUGGUUGAACUAUUGUUUAUUAUUUAAUGAUAUGGGAUACCUUUUUAAAUAACAUUUUUGAUUACAGUUUAUGGUAGAAAAAAAUGUACCUUUUUGACAUUUUGUGUAGCAUAUGUUAGUAAAAAUUUGAUAUAUGUAAUAUUGUAUGUCUAUCAUUGAGUGUACUCAACAGUCACUAAAUCAUGAGAAUUUAACUCUUGAAAUGAUAAUUGUUGUUAUGAUCAAGAAGAUAAAAUCAAAUCAGCAAUUCAAAGUUUCAAAACUAAAGGAAAUGACUUGACCAGUGAUGACGUGAACCAGUGAGGUACCCUCUACUUAAUAGCUACACUAUGUUUGGUGUUGAGACAUUCGUACUGCUUAUGUUACUACAUGUGUGUUUAAACACAUUUGUCUUCUGAUUUUCAACAACUAUCUAGUUUAAUAUUUGAACAUUUAUAUGAAUAAUUAUGUUUGAAAAUCUCUAAAAUUGUGGUUUUGUAUACAAUGCUUAGUUGGCCUUUUUUAAUUGAUGUUGAAAUCAUUCCUUUUUUGUGCUUAAUUUAAAUGUUUUAAUUUUCUUGAUAUAUUUGUGUAAUUUUAGCUUAGUAUAUUAUGCACAAAAUGAAAAAUGAAUACACUACUGUAUACAAACCAAUCAUUAUAAAAUACGGUGUGUUUUUUAUGACAGCAGAUGUUACUAGUUUGCAAAACAACACGAUGCUUUGUUAGUCAGAUUGUAGCAGUUCUAUUUCUAUUAAAUAUGUAUUAUUAAAAAGCUUUUGAAAUUUAAUUUCAAUGAGUUAAAUUGUGUAUUUUAUAUGUAACACAUAAGCACGUUUGCUUACAUUUUUAUACACACAAAAUGCAUGCUUGUGCAAGCAAAAACAUUCAAACAUUGCAUGUGCAUGCACACUCAUGUACAUGUUUGUAUACAUACACACUGACACACACAUACAUAUAUACACCUUAGUUAAGGAAUGCUUAUGCUAUAAUUUUUAGUUGAUUUUGAAUUAUGUUAUGUAGAAUUAAUUGGUUAAUGAAAUAAUGAAAGUUUGUUCAUGUUUCUUUAUUGUAAGAAUUUAGCUCAAAUAUGAAUCCAUUUGCAUGGUAAGACCAAUAUAAUAAAAUAGGUGAAGAACAAGACUGCUAUUUCAGUCAUGUGCUAAAUGCAUAUGUUUAUUCACGGUGGAUAUGCUAAGCUUUGAUUUGUAGUUGACCAAUCAUGCAGACUGUAAUGUUAUUCUAUUGACUGAUUAUGUAUGUAGCUCUGUUUACAUGAACCAUUGAAAUAAGUAUCAUAACAGCCACAUUUUGUAGUGUUCAAUAUUAACACAAUUAGUUGCUUAAAUAUUGAUACAUUUUAUAUUAUAAUAUUUUAUUUACUAUGUGCCUGUUAAAUUCAAUUGUGAUAUACAUUGCAACCACUGCAGUAAUAUUUUAGAUCACGCAAGCAUGAAUGUUUAAUAGAUGGAUAUUUUUGUUCAAUUUGCUACUUGCUUCACACUUUGAUAAUCUACACUUUACAUUUUAAUUAAUUAACGCAGUUUGGGUAUUUAUGAUGUUAAAUGAUUGUGUUCCACCUACAGAUUAAUAUUUUUCUAUUGUAUUUACCAAUGUAUAUUUAGCCAGGGAUAUAAUUGUUAGCUUGCUUGCUUCUUUAAUAAAGUGAUAUUUUCACACAA